AUCUUUGAAGAUGAACACAGCGUUCUUUAUCUGGACCAAGGUGGGGUUUUGGUUGCUAUGAAACAUACAUCUCUGCCUAUCAGACAUCUCUGGUUAAGUUUUGAUGAAGGAAGAUCUUGGAGCAAGUACAGUUUCACUUCCAUCCCACUUUUUGUUGAUGGGGUUUUGGGGGAGCCCGGAGAAGAGACUUUAAUAAUGACAGUGUUUGGACACUUCAGCCAUCGUUCUGAGUGGCAGUUGGUGAAAGUAGAUUACAAGUCCAUUUUUGAUCGACGGUGUGCCGAGGAUGAUUACCGACCUUGGCAGCUUCAUAGCCAGGGAGAAGCAUGCAUCAUGGGAGCCAAAAGGACUUACAAGAAGCGCAAGUCCGAAAAGAAAUGCAUGCAAGGCAAGUAUGCUGGAGCCAUGUCCUCUGAGCCAUGUGUUUGCACAGAAGCAGACUUUGACUGUGACUAUGGAUUUGAGCGCCACAGCAAUGGCCAGUGUUUGCCUGCUUUUUGGUAUAACCCAUCAUCUUUGUCAAAAGACUGCAGUCUUGGUCAGAGUUAUCUCAAUAGCACUGGGUACAGAAAGGUCGUGUCUAAUAACUGCACAGACGGUGUGCGUGAGCAGUACACAGCCAAGCCGCAGCAGUGUCCUGGCAAAGCCCCGCGAGGACUUCGAGUUGUCACAUCAGAUGGCACACUGACAUCAGAACAAGGGCAUAAUGUUACCUUCAUGGUGCAGCUGGAAGAGGGUGAUAUUCAAAGAUCAAUAAUCCGUGUGGAUUUUGGAGAUGGUAGUGCUGUGUCAUAUGCCAAUCUCAGCUCAACAGAAGAUGGAAUCAGGCACAUCUAUCAGAAUGUUGGCAUCUUUCGUGUAACCGCACAGAUCGAAAACAGCCUGGGGACUGACAGUGCAGUCCUGUACUUGCAUGUAAAUUGUCCUUUAGAGCAUGUCCAUUUGUCACUUCCAUUUGUAACAACAAAGAACAAAGAAGUUAAUGCCACAGCAAUUUUAUGGCCCAGUCAAGUUGGAACCCUAACAUAUAUUUGGUGGUUUGGAAACAACACUGAGCCACUGAUUACUCUGGAAGGGAGUAUCACAUUCACCUUCUCUGCAGAAGGUAUGAACACAAUCACAGUACAAGUUUCUGCAGGAAACACAAUUCUGCAAGACACCAAGAUGAUUGCAGUGUAUGAGCAUUUUCAGUCUUUACGGCUUUCGUUUUCUCCAAAUCUGGAUGAAUACAAUCCAGAUAUUCCUGAAUGGAGACGGGACAUUGGUCGAGUUAUCAAGACAGUUCUAGUUGAGGCAACAAGUAUUUCCAGUGAACAUAUUUUGGUAGCGAUCCUGCCAGGUUUACCUACAUCUGCUGAACUCUUUAUUUUGCCCUAUAAGGAUACCACAGGAGAAAGUAAAGAAACAGCUGAAGAUCUGCAACAG